AUGAGAGCAGGCGACAACACGCUUUUCAUGUUGUCGAAGUUGUUGUUCAAGACGACGAAAACCUACUACGACUUGCCCUCAGAAGCUUCCGCCUCUCCUAGACUGACGAACGAGAAGAAUGCUCUUGAGGCUCUCGAGGUUCGCGAAUCAUGUUAUCGGAACAUGGUGACCGUGCAGAACUCGAUGGACGAGCAUCUACUCGUCAACGAGUUCACCGGCACCCAGGAAGAGUUUCUUGUGCUGAAAGGACUGAUCGAAGUGCGGAAGCUGAGACUGGCGGAGCGUAUGCAGGAACCUGUGGCGAAAGCCGCGCUGAGAGCAUACACCCGUGAUCUGGGUAGGCUGGGACGCGGUCCAGCUGCAGGCGAGUACUCGCGCCGAACACCCACACAGUCGAACAACAACAUUGCCGCAGGACGCUCGGGCACUGCAACAUCGACUCAUUCACCUCGUGAUCCAAGAGACCCAAGAGGCAUGGGCACCGAGAAGCGGUACAUGUGCUAUCUUCGCGAUAACGAAGUGUACACUGCCGAACGAGACAAGCUGUUCACGAGACUCCAAGAUGUCGGACGCCAUAUGUUCCUUAGACACCCAUCGGAAAAGUUCGAACCCGAGCGCUGUCCGGAAGUCAUGGUCUAUCGUGAUAGCGGUGAGCCUGUGGAUCCACUGCCUCGUCGAGAGAAUGACGCAGGCGACGAUACCGCCACUGGCUCCAGAGGCGGCUCUAGCACAACCGCUCAGAACGACGAAACGAGAAUCGCUAGCACUCCGGGUCGGACGUUUACCAUUCCCCGUCAGCGUGACCGCUCAGGCCAGAGCUCUCACAACAGUCUUGCUCGGCAUGCUAUGCGACAAGCUUCAUCGUCAGCUCGGCAUCACGAUGGUGGUCCAAACAAUAUGUGUUCAACCUCAAGCCCAGUCCCAACGACGCCCACGCGACUCAGUCGUCGUAUCUCGCGUGGUAGUCUCGCCCGCGGUCCUCUCGACAACUUCAAUGCUGAAGCUGAUGUAGAUGAAGGCGGCGUCGAUACUCAAGCUGAGGUGGGAGGAAACCGCCCUGAAACCUUCGACUCGCUCCUUGCAAAACAGGCGGAGCUGGACAACAGCUUGAUUGAUCCUGCAAUGAUUCCUCUUCCUAGUGAUGACCAGGCGCUGACGGAGCAAAUCAAUGCUGGUCUUGACUGGAACUGGGAGAACGAAAUUGACUGGGAUAACUUGGAUCUCGGCAUGGUGGCAUCUGGCAGCGACACAACUCCGCAGGGCCCAGCAAACCCUGUGGGACUUGCAGGCCCGUCAACCGAGAAUGGGGACUCGUUCGGUCCGAACCCCACUGCGUACGAUAGUACAGAGUGGCAGGCUCCUCAAGCUCCCGCAACUCUGAACGCACCGACUACACCGAUCCGGCAGGGCACGAUCGCUGCUCCGGAAAUUCCUCAGGCCGAGACCAUUCGUACGCCAGGAAGCAGCCGAAAGCGGCCAAGCACGGUAGGCGAGGGCAGCAAUAGCGGCGCAUUCUACAGCGAGAGCGAGUCUGCGAAACGUCGGAGACUGGCACCAGAGGAGGGCACGCGGGAAGGUGGCACGGCCGAUUCUGGAGGAGCUCUGCCUCUUGAUUGGGGCAUCCUUGGGGACGACCACACUGACGAGCCGCUCCUUCCGGAUUGGUUUGGCGACUAUGUUGCGACAUGGAACCCGAAGUCUGAAAUCCUGUGGCUGUCCACAGCCCAAGCGGUGAGGGGGCAGAUGCUUUCUCAUCCACGACAGAGGCUGAAUACACUACGACGAUGGGCGUGGACUGCGCUGGAUGGGUGCGGAUAUGAGCACCAUGGUACCGAGCAGAGCGAUGGCGACGGAGAUCCGACAGCAGGCGUCCCCAAUAAUGGUGAACGAAACGCGGUCCGAAGGUGUAUGAAUGUCUGA